CCGGGUUCCCUCCUCCCCCUCACUGAAAUGCAGCUGCGCCAUCCACCCUCCUUUGUCUGCUGAGGAAGAGUGCGACGACUUGCAGCGGAGAAGACGCCGGUGGGCCCUUUACUAACUACACCGUUUUCCUUGUUGCAUUUUCGUUUUAAAGGGGAAAAGCUUGACGAACUGAGCCGAGCUUCGUUCGUGCGUUAUGAGUCAAGCGAAUGCUAAUAAGAGCAACAUAGAGCCCGCCGUAGAGUCAAGCCCAGCAGAGAAUAAGAUCAAAAUGGAAGACACUAAGUACCUCCCGGAGCUCCUGGCGGAAAAGGAUAGCCUGGAUUCAUCGUUCACGCAUGCAAUGAAACUCAUAUCUGCAGAGAUUGAGAGGAUCCAGAAAGGUGAAACCAAGAAAGAGCCUGAGAAGGAAACAUACCUGGACCUGUUUGCGACCAAGAAUCUGAAGCUCAAGGAGCGUGUCCUCAUUCCCACCAAGCAGUACCCUAGGGUCAACUUUGUGGGAAAGCUUUUGGGACCUCAGGGUAGCACAAUCAAGAGGCUGCAAGAGGACACCGGAGCAAAGAUUUCAGUUCUGGGUAAAGGUUCCAUGAGGGACAAGAACAAGGAGGAAGAAUUUAGAAAGGGGGGUGAGGCUAAAUAUGCUCACCUCGCCAUGGAACUGCAUGUGUUCAUCGAGGUGACGGCACCCAUACCAGAAGCGUACCUGCGCAUGGCUCACGCCAUGGAGGAGGUGAAGAAGUUCCUUAUCCCGGAACCUGGUGAGCACGAUCCAUACAUGGAUCCACUGUUCCUGAAUGGAUCCCAGGAUGGUUCGAGGGGGCGAGGUGGUCCUCUAGGAAGGGGCAGAGGUGGACCACCUGGUGCUGGAGGACCAAGGGGCCGAGGAAUGCCACGUGGGGCUCCUCGGGGAGCGAUGCGCGGUGGGGCUCCACGCGGAGCACCGGGGCGAGGUGGUGCACCAAGAGGUGCUCCGUCUGGUCGGGGUGGACCUCCUUCUGCUCCUACUAGAGGAGGCUCUGCUCCUCGCUCCAGACCGCCUGCAGCAGGGGCUCCCAGGAUGCUCCCCUCGGCAGCCUUGUCUCACCAGCAACACCAGGUUCCACCUUCAGCAACAGGGUCAAAGCCUGAUGCUUAUGAGGAUUAUCCUGCAUAUGAUGACUCUUAUGCAGAGCCGGCAUAUGAGGGAUAUGAUAAUUAUUAUAGCCAGCCUUCUGCCCCUGCGGAUACAGAGUAUUAUGAUUAUGGACACGGUGAAGCCCAGGAUCCAUCAUAUGAGGCCGGUUAUGCUCAAGAUGAUUGGGACAACUCGUGGUCCGGUGCCGGGGCUGGAGGCAAGGCCCCUCCAUCUAGGCAGGCGAAGGGAUCGUACAGAGAGCAUCCUUACCCAAGAUACUGAACAACUACUGGUAGAGAGUUGCAGUGGCAACUGUCUCCGAUUGUAACUCACACUUGACUUUACAAAAGUAAUUUCCCUCUCGUUUCCCUUGUUAAUGGUUUUAUUUAAAACAUUCUUUUCUCUUUUUAUUUUUAAAACCUAGGACAUUUUGUUGGAUGUAUCCUAGUGCCAGAGGAGCAACAUUUUUCUCCCUAUUGUUUGUUUCAGUUGCGUAGUUAUGGUCUUAGUGACAUAAACAGAACUAACAAAAUGACUUUUUUAGUUUCGUUUUUUUGUUAGAUAUUUGAUGGUAAAUAUUUUUGUUCCUGCACAAACUGUGAUUGUGGCGAUUAAAAUUUUCUCACAUAGGCUGCAUUUGUUUUGUAAAAAAAAGUCCUUCAUGACUGGACAGAAAUUAUUCAUAAUGACUCCAUUUGUAAAUUUAUAAUAACUUAAACAGAUUUAGUUGCAAACUCAAAUAGAACCAUUUUGAUUAAAACGGUCUUAUUUGUUUAUAUUGGAUUACAAAUCUAGUUAUGUGACUUUACUCCCAAAGAGCAAAUAAACAAAAUAUAACUGUAGAAAUCCAUUUGACAAAGAAUAAAGGCCUUUAUUUUCUGCCACCCUUUUACAAUUGGUAUUUUAUGAAAAGUCGCUCUAUUACUUGCAAAAUCAUCGCUGAUCGACUAAUUCUUGUAAAGCUUGAAGGAUUAAUAACUUACUGUGUACGUAAGACUACAGCCAACUCGGUCUUUUUGUAUAUAACCUUAGGAAAACUGUGUAUGCUUAAGUCGUGCCGUCUCCAAAAUGCUUAAUGCUUGUGUACCUUUUGACUAAAUAGGUAACUAAACACAUCCCCAAAAAAACAAUGUCUUUCUGCAGUGCGUGUUUCAAUAAAGUUUCUAGUUUCUUUUUAAUCAACCUAAACAUGGUAUUUUUGCCUUUGUUGUACCAAAGGAUUAUCUCCAGUUUGUGAAAAUGGUCCUCAGUGGUUUUCAACAAUGCUGAAUAAGCUGUAUGUAUACACGUCAACUUUGAUUUUUAAAAUUCCAAAGCAGUGUUUGGUUUUUUGUUUUGGGUUUGGUUUUUUCUACAAGAAGUCUAUCCUCUUCGCCUGUCUUCAAAAUUUUAUCUAAAUGCCACUUGUAAUGACACCUUAAAAAAAGGGGGGGGAACUGAAAUUAAAUAAAGCUCAUCGUUCCUUGA